CCCCCUCCCGGCGUCCUUUUUGUAAACAUUGAAAGGUAAUUGUUUGAUUUUUGGUCUUAAUUGUUAGUUAAAAUGAAGCGAUUAAAAGAUGAUUUGAAUUAUUAUGUUCACCGUAAGUUCAUUAGUGUUCAGUGUUAUCAAUUAGAAGCUCAUGUUUAUUGUCAUACUAAUUUUAUUAAGAUUAAAUUGGUUAAGAUUGAUUCUUUUGUCAAUGUGAUCACUUCACCAAUUUUAAUGUUUACUUUUAUUUAUUCAAUUGUAAUUUAUUUUAUUUUGAUGAGUUUCUUGGUUAAGAUUAUUCUUGGUUUCAUUUUGCUUUUGUUUUCUUGUUUGUUGACAUUUUACUUUAAUGUGGUUGAAGAAUCUUUAGAAAUAAUUAAAUCAAUCAAUGGUGUAAAUUAUACUACAAAAAAUAUGCUCGGUAAAAAAGUUUCCAAAUUUAUAAACUCAUCUAAUUUUGUUAUCAACGAGGCAAUAACUAUGUCUCAGGUUAUCAGUUAUUUAGCUGUUCUUACUUGUGAAAGUAGCAAGUUAACAUCAUCACGACAAGUGAAUUUAAUUCUUACCCAUUUAUUACCAAGAAAUGAUUGUUUAACAUUCAUUUACACUCACAUUCAUAGUUUCUUAAAUGAUGAAAAAAUCAACACUUGAUUAUAUUGGAAAAACAGUUAUCACAACGAAACUGUUAUUUUAUCAAACAACAAUCAAUUUUGUGAAGAUAUCAAAACAACUAGUGCUUCUUAGUUACUUGCAAUUUAGUCUUUAUAUUAAUCAGCUAUUUUGAUUAUCAUUAAUUGUUACAAUUUAGACUAAAAAUAAUGUACAAUUACACAGAGAGUGUCAAUCAUAUUCCAACCAGUUAUCUAGUUGAUUAACUUAGAAUGAAUUUUCUUUUCUCUGUCAAAACCUCAUCUUCAAUCCCGAUUGACUGAUUUGAUUUUUGAUCUCUAAAUUUGACGAAAUAUAAUCGUUCACAUGUUUCCAUGACUUCCAUGUUAUCGAGUCGAUCAAUUAACGAAGAUAGGUUCGUUUGUAGUGUUUGCCGGAUUAAUAUUGGAAAUUUAAUCUCUCAAACUUAGCAUCAACCUCAAAGGUUCACAUUGUGCCUUCGACCUUUAAUGUAGAUAUCAAACCUCGAGGCUGAAUGAGAGUUUGUCUCAAUCGGUUAAUCUGUUUAAAUGAUUAUCCUCAUUAUAAAAUAAUCUAUUGGGCGAUUUUUCUCCCUAAUCUUGGAGACUUUUUUAUAUAAAUAGAAGGGUCCAAAUCGUAUCAUAUCAUUGCCAGUCCUCGAUCAAUUCUCUUCUCUUCAAUUGUGUCUUCGUCAAAAUGCCAGCUCUCAGUACCUACGAAACUCUUGAACCUUUGAUGGUUCCACUCCUAACCGAUGCUCUCCUCAUUCCAGCUUUUCUCAUCGCCAGGAAAUUAGCUUCCGCCAUCUUCAUGAUCGGUGCAGUUCUGUUCAUAAUCGCGUCAAUUUUGUCCAAUGCGUUUACAAGUGUCCCUGGUCUUGAAAUUCCUUCUCGUCGAGUGACUCGAGAAACUUCUACUUCCGUUUGGAAUUCAUUUCAGAAUUUAGAAAAAGAAAUUCCUUUUCAAGUGAAAAAAGUUCUUCAAUUUCUAAAUUUGGAAAGUGAAGAAUGUCCUGAGUUGAUUCAAUACACUCUGAGUUGUGACGCAUAUAAAAACUAUCCUGAAUGGACUUCGAUGAUGAAUAACACGCUCGCCGAGAAUUCAUUUUUCUACAGAGUUCUGGAUAAAAAUACACAACAAUUUGUUGAUUCCAUAGUUGAUGGUGCUUCUUGUGGAAUGAAAAAGUUCAAAUGUUCAACAAUCGCCUUGUUCCAAGAUCUCCUUGAAAGAUUCAUCACCAAAAUGUCCCAUCCUGAUAAAAGUCAAGUCCCAACAACAACACCAGAACCAAGAUCAACAAUUAAAUCUUACGAAAAAAUCUUAUUUUCUAUCAUCAAUUUAGUUAAAAAAACUUAAGUACAUGAAUUAUUGCAAAUACCAAUUCUAUUUAUCAACAAGAGUAAUCAAUAAAAUUAAUAUUCCUUUAA